UCUUCGUUUUCAAAAGGCAAACUCUCACUUUCAGUAUGUCGAACACACAAGCAACAAAACAAGCUCUCUCUGAGCACAAAGUCAUCCCAGAUGUCCUUCCAGACAACAUCAACCUAUCCUACAACCUAACACUAGAAUGGCCAAACGCAAAGCUCGACAAGCCAGGCAAAGAGCUGGAAAAUCACGACACGAAACCUGAGCCCAAAGUCUUCAUUAAUCCUGCACCUUCAGAGCCGCUAGACAACCUCGUCCUGAUGAUGGUCGACCCAGACCUCCUAAUGAAUAACGAUACCUACUGCGGCCAAGUCCGCCACUGGCUCGUCACAAACCUCUCCAGCAACCCUGACGGCACACUGUCCCACCAUGCUGCCGCUGAGCGCUCACCCUACGUGCGUCCAGCUCCUCUGCCUAAUUACCUCUACCCGCGUCCGCACCGCUACGUCUUCAUCCUCGCUCGCGCGUCUGGUAAGGUGGAAGUACGGCCUGAGGAUCUGCGCGAGAUGCAGAAGGAGUGGGUGGCGGCUGCGCAGGGGAAGCAGGGUGAGAUGCAGGAUUUGAAAGAUCGUUGGGGGUUUAAAGCGCAGAGGUUGAUUGAGGAGAAGGGGUUGGAGGUGUUGGCGGUAAAUUUCAUGAGGGUGGGUGGGACGGUGGAGAGUAGCUUGGCGAAUGCGGCGAUGAUGGGGCAGGCGGUUGUUGAUAAGGUUCUUGGGAAGUAGACUAUCGGCUUCGAAUUGGUGUAUGGAAUUUUGCCGUGCCACUGGAAUUCCAUUCGUAUCUCAUUUCAGAAUACACACUAUUGGUAAUUCAUGCCUGCAGAAACAAUGGCGACAUUUGGCUAUUUGCUGACCCAUCGCUGCGCAGCAAUCAGAACCUGAGACAGUACUUUCUUGUUCAUUAUUCAGGUUUUGGCGUUGCGCAGCUUGUGAAACUUUUACAACGAACCGCGAUGAUUCCUCAUCAGUAUCUCUAGCGUAGGUGAGUUGAUCUGUGUACACAUUGUCAGGACCUAGCGCACUUACCGGGGCAAUGCUGAGCAACCGCUAGCAUAUGACUAGACUCUGGUACUACAAUAGUUUAGUAGUGGUCCGUCUACCGUCUACCGUCUACCUAGGACAGUAUACCUUUCCUUUUGUAACUACUGC